AUUAAAGCAAGUCGAAACUAUGGAGGAGUAUCAAAAAGGUUUGAGGAUAUAAAAUCCUUAGUGAAAAGGAUGAAUUUAAGCUUUACUAAAGGAUAUUUGGUCAAGCUAUUCAUAGGGGCAUUAAGAGAAGACCUAAGUUUGGUCGUGAAGAGGUUCAAACCCAUAAACCUUCGAGAAGCCUUUGAGUAA